AGAUCAUGACCUGAGCUGAAACCAAGAGCUGGAUGCUUAACUGACUGAGCUGCCCAGGUGCCCCUGCCUUGCUGCUCUCUUAGUCACUCGCCCUCGGGGAAUCCUGUCAUAUGUCAUGAGGACACUCAGCAGCCGUAAGUAGAGGUUCACGUGGCAAGUUCCGGAGGCCUCCUGCCGACAGCCAGCACCGGCCUGCCAGUUGUGUGAGCAAAUCGCCUUGGAAGCCAAUCAGCCAGCCUUGGUCAAGCCUACAGAAAUUUGUGUGAGAUCAUGCUCACUGUUGCCCCAAGCCGCGAAGUUUGGAAGAUACUUGUUACAUUGCAGUAGGUAAUGCGGAGGAGCUCCAGUUAUUUGUGAAUGAGUGAAGGAACCAGUGAAUGAAUGAGUGAUGAAUGAGUGAUGAAGGCUGUGCUUCCUCCCCUCCUCUGCGGGCUUGUGAGGGCGCUCGCCCGACAGAGGACACCCAGGCCUGUGGAUCCUCGCGUGCCAGAAUAGAGUCUUCACAAACUCUUGAAAGCCCCGCCCCUGGAGCCGAAGGCGCUCUAGCCUUCCGUUGCUGCCGUGGUAACCAGCGCGCCGUUUCCGCUACCGAUACGUCAUUUCCGGCGCGCCGUCCUAGACACAUCCGGGUUCCGGCCGCCGGAGCGGUGAGCUGCUCACCCAGAGCCCGUAGCUGUAUUUGGUCUGCGGGACCGGGGGGAGGCUUGGGUGAGGCUGGGACCCAGUGAGUGGAAUAAGCAGGGAGAACUUUGUGACAGAAGCGACCAGAGGUAGUGAACUCCCUGUCCCUGAAGGCUGCUUGCAGCAAGCAACUGGUAGUGACUGGCCAUGUCACUGUCCCACUUGUACCGAGAUGGGGAAGGCCACAUGGAUGAUGAUGACGAUGAGCGGGAGAACUUUGAGAUCACCGACUGGGAUCUCCAGAAUGAAUUUAACCCUAACCGGCAGCGCCACUGGCAGACCAAGGAAGAGGCCACCUAUGGAGUCUGGGCAGAGAGAGACUCAGAUGAAGAGAGGCCCAGCUUUGGAGGCAAACGGGCCCGCGACUACUCUGCGCCCGUCAACUUCAUCAGUGCAGGCCUCAAGAAAGGGGCAGCAGAGGGGGCCGAGCUGGAAGAUUCAGAAGAUGAAGAGAAGCCUGUUAAGCAGGAUGACUUUCCUAAGGAUUUCGGACCCAAGAAGUUAAAGACGGGUGGCAAUUUUAAACCCAGCCAGAAAGGCUUUGCAGGAGGAACCAAGUCUUUCAUGGAUUUUGGCAGCUGGGAAAGACACACAAAAGGCAUUGGACAGAAGCUUCUUCAGAAGAUGGGCUAUGUGCCUGGCAGGGGCCUCGGGAAGAAUGCACAAGGUAUCAUUAACCCCAUCGAAGCCAAGCAGAGAAAGGGAAAAGGUGCCGUAGGAGCUUAUGGCUCAGAGCGGACCACUCAGUCCCUGCAAGACUUCCCCGUGGUUGACUCUGAAGAAGAAGCCGAAGAGGAGUUUCAGAAGGAGCUGAGCCAGUGGAGGAAAGACCCCAGUGGAAGCAAGAAGAAGCCCAAAUACUCAUAUAAGACAGUGGAAGAGUUGAAGGCCAAGGGCAGGAUUAGCAAGAAGCUCGCUGCCCCCCAGAAGGAGCUUUCUCAGGUCAAGGUCAUUGACAUGACGGGCCGGGAGCAGAAGGUCUACUACAGUUACAGCCAGAUCAGCCACAAGCACAGCGUCCCUGACGACGGGCUGCCGGCGCAGUCCCAGCAGCCGCCUCAGCCCGGCAAAGAGGCCAAGGCGCCGGGCUUCGCGCUGCCCGAGCUGGAGCACAACCUGCAGCUGCUCAUCGACCUCACGGAACAGGAGAUCAUCCAGAGCGACCGGCAGCUGCAGUACGAGCGGGACAUGGUGGUCAACCUGUCGCACGAGCUGGACAAGAUGUCGGAGGUCCUGGAGCACGAGGAGCGGGCCAUCGCCAACCUCAGCAAGGUCCUGGAGGUGGUGGAGGAGUGCGAGCGGCGCCUGCAGCCCGGCUGCGGCGACCCCCUCACGCUGGACGAGUGCGCCCACGUCUUCGAGACCCUGCAAGACAAGUACUACGAGGAGUACAGGAUGUCCGACCGCGUGGACCUCGCCGUGGCCAUUGUCUACCCGCUCAUGAAGGAGUACUUCAGGGAGUGGGACCCGCUGAAGGACUGCGCUUACGGCACGGAGGUCAUCUCCAAGUGGAAGAGCCUCCUGGAGAACGACCAGCUCUUAUCCCACGGCGGGCAGGACCUCUCAGCAGACGCCUUUCACAGGCUGAUAUGGGAAGUCUGGAUGCCUUUCGUUCGAAAUAUUGUCACCCAGUGGCAGCCGAGGAACUGUGACCCGAUGGUGGACUUUUUGGACAGCUGGGUGCACAUUAUUCCCGUGUGGAUCUUAGAUAACAUCCUGGACCAGCUCAUCUUCCCCAAGCUGCAGAAGGAGGUGGAAAACUGGAACCCGCUGACGGACACCGUGCCUAUCCACUCCUGGGUCCACCCGUGGCUGCCCCUCAUGCAAGCGCGCCUGGAGCCCCUCUACUCCCCCAUCCGCAGCAAGCUGUCCAGCGCCCUGCAGAAGUGGCACCCCAGCGACUCCUCCGCCAAGCUCAUCCUGCAGCCCUGGAAAGACGUCUUCACCCCGGGCUCCUGGGAAGCGUUCAUGGUCAAGAACAUAGUACCCAAGCUGGGGAUGUGUCUCGGGGAGUUGGUCAUUAACCCCCACCAGCAGCACAUGGAUGCUUUUUACUGGGUCAUCGACUGGGAAGGAAUGAUCUCUGUGUCCAGCCUGGUGGGGCUGCUCGAGAAACACUUCUUCCCUAAGUGGCUUCAGGUGCUAUGCUCUUGGCUCAGUAACAGCCCGAAUUAUGAGGAGAUCACCAAGUGGUACCUGGGUUGGAAGUCCAUGUUCUCAGACCAAGUGCUGGCACACCCAUCUGUCAAGGACAAAUUUAACGAAGCACUUGACAUCAUGAACAGGGCAGUGUCCUCCAAUGUUGGUGCCUACAUGCAGCCCGGAGCGCGGGAGAACAUAGCCUACCUCACGCACACGGAGCGGAGGAAGGACUUCCAGUACGAGGCCAUGCAGGAGCGACGGGAGGCUGAGAACAUGGCCCAGAGGGGCAUCGGCGUGGCUGCCAGCUCUGUGCCCAUGAACUUUAAGGACCUCAUUGAGACCAAGGCUGAGGAGCACAACAUCGUGUUCAUGCCGGUCAUCGGGAAGCGACAUGAAGGGAAGCAGCUCUACACCUUUGGCCGCAUCGUCAUCUACAUCGACCGGGGAGUGGUGUUUGUCCAGGGCGAGAAGACCUGGGUGCCCACCUCCCUGCAGAGCCUGAUUGACAUGGCCAAGUAGAGGGGACAGGCUGAACCUUGCACCGGAGAGGGGACAUGGUCAUGAAUAAAUGGUAUUUUAAACCGCC